GUCUUGAAUGGACUAGAGGCAGCAACAAAUAUUGUUGAUGACAUGGAUGAAUGGUUAGGGAUCUUCAACAUAAAACUUAGACACAUGAGGGAAGACAUUGAAUCGAUAGAAACUCGAAACAACAAGUUAGAGAUGCAGUCUGUAAACAAUAAAGCUCUCAUUGAGGAACUUGAUAAAGUUAUCGAGAGACUGCGUGUGCCUUCUGAGUAUGCAGCAUCUCUAACAGGAGGCUCAUUUGAUGAGGCAGACAUGCUCCAAAAUAUCGAGGCUUGCGAGUGGUUAGCCAAAGCUUUAAGGGGUCUUGAAGUGCCCAACUUGGACCCGAUCUAUGCUAAUAUGCGAGCUGUAAAAGAGAAACGAGCAGAACUAGAAAAAUUAAAAGCUACAUUUGUAAGGAGAGCUUCUGAGUUCUUGAGAAACUACUUUGCUAGUUUGGUUGAUUUCAUGAUCAGCGACAAAAGCUACUUUUCUCAGAGAGGGCAGCUGAAGAGGCCUGACCAUGCAGAUUUGCGGUAUAAAUGCAGAACAUAUGCUCGUCUUUUACAACAUUUAAAGGGUCUUGAUAAGAAUUGUUUGGGACCAUUGAGAAAAGCAUACUGCAGCUCCCUGAACUUGCUCCUUCGCCGGGAGGCUCGUGAAUUUGCAAAUGAGCUUCGUGCAAGCACAAAAGUAUCACGAAACCCUACUGUCUGGCUAGAAGGAUCAACGGGUUCUAGUCAGAAUGCAAACACUGAUACCUCUGCAGUGUCAGAUGCUUAUGCCAAAAUGCUGACAAUAUUUAUCCCACUUCUUGUCGAUGAGAGCUCCUUUUUUGCGCACUUCAUGUGCUUUGAGGUACCAGCUCUUGCUCCACCUGGAGGUUCUGGCAAUGAUAGUAAAAACCGGUCCAACAAUGACGAUGGUAAUGACGAUGAUGAUUUGGGGAUCAUGGACAUUGAUGAGACUGACAAGAAAACUGGUAAAAACUCCCCAGACCUAACGGCAUUGAAUGAAUCUCUUCAAGAUUUGCUUGAUGGUAUUCAGGAGGAUUUCUAUGCUGUUGUUGACUGGGCAUAUAAAAUAGAUCCCCUACGGUGCAUAUCAAUGCAUGGUAUAACUGAACGUUAUCUUUCUGGUCAGAAAGCUGAUGCUGCAGGAUUUGUUCGCCUUUUGCUUGGUGAUCUGGAGUCGAGGGUUUCUAUGCAGUUCAGCCGCUUUGUGGAUGAAGCAUGUCACCAGAUUGAAAGAAAUGAACGUAAUGUAAGACAGAUGGGCGUCUUGCCCUAUAUUCCAAGAUUUGCAGCACUUGCUACUCGUAUGGAACAGUACAUACAAGGGCAAUCCAGGGAUUUGGUGGAUCAGGCAUACACAAAAUUCGUGAGCAUAAUGUUUGUGACGCUCGAGAAAAUUGCCCAGCAAGAUCCUAAAUAUGCAGAUAUUCUCCUUUUAGAAAAUUAUGCUGCUUUUCAGAAUAGCUUGUAUGACCUGGCCAAUGUUGUGCCCACUUUAGCAAAGUUCUAUCACCAGGCAAGUGAAGCAUAUGAGCAAGCUUGUACCCGCCACAUUAGCAUGAUAAUAUACUACCAAUUCGAAAGACUUUUCCAGUUUGCCAAAAAGAUUGAGGAUUUUAUGUACACUAUCACACCCGAAGAGAUACCGUUCCAGCUUGGUUUGUCGAAAAUGGAACUCCGGAAGAUGUUAAAAUCAAGCUUGUCAGGGGUGGACAAAUCGAUUGCUGCAAUGUAUAAGAAAUUGCAGAAGAAUUUAGCGUCGGAGGAGUUGCUACCGUCGUUGUGGGAUAAAUGCAAGAAGGAAUUUCUGGACAAGUACGAGAGCUUCGUGCAGCUUGUAGCCAAAGUUUACCCUAACGAAAACGUUCCUGGGGUAACUGAAAUGAGAGGACUUCUUGCUUCCAUGUGCGAGUGUUUUGACCUCUACGAUCAAUUAAUUCCAUACAAGAAAGCUUGGUCAUGGCAGAAAAGCAUUGUCAAUGAGAAAAAGGCUUUGAUUGAUAAAAGCCAAGAGUGCUCAGACACAGUGAUUUUAUUACAACACUCUCCUGUUUAUACCAUGGGAACAGGAAGUUCAGAGGAUUAUCUCAAUUUCGACAUAAAGAAUGCUCCUUUCGAUCUCUAUCGAACAGAACGUGGUGGUGAAGUCACUUACCAUGGCCCUGGUCAGCUAGUAAUGUAUCCUAUUAUCAAUCUCCGAAAUCACAAGAUGGAUCUUCAUUGGUACCUCAGGAUGCUCGAGGAAGUAGUUAUACGUGUUCUUUCCUCAGCUUUCUCCAUCAAAGCUUCUCGUCUUGAUGGUUUAACUGGAGUCUGGGUUGGAAACCAAAAAGUGGCGGCGAUAGGUAUCCGUGUGUCGAAAUGGAUGACAUAUCACGGUCUAGCUCUGAAUGUCACAACGGAUUUAACACCCUUCAAUUGGAUAGUUCCAUGUGGGAUAAGAAACCGCUGGGUUGGAAGCAUAAAGGGUUUGAUUGAGGACGGAGGACAGGUAAAGGGGGGCAUGUGUUGUAAUAAACUCGAAGAUUUGCAGUUGAUAGAUUUAGCUCAUGAGUCAUUACUCAAGGAAUUCUCUGAAGUUUUCCAGCUUCAAAUCGAAAAACAAACAGUUCUGAAUUCGUAUUUUCUGAAUGCUGAUCCCCUCGAAUGA